ACUCUCCACAGUUACACUACAUUACAAAACCUUCCUCACAUUUCUUCUCUGUAAUUAAAUUAAAGCUUCACCCCCUUCUUCCUUUUCCACAAAAACAAUGAAAAUCGCUUCAUUUUCACUUCUUCGUCUUCCUUUCACCAUCUCCUCCACGCGCCACCGCUUCUUCUCCGCCGUCGUCUCCUCCACGCGCCACCAAAACCCUAACAAACCAAACAAAAACCUCCUCAAAGCACGCGAAACAAUAAACAGACAUCAUAAUUUCUCAACUCUACAACCAAUCCUCUCACAUGAAGACCAACCUCAUCUCUCUAACAACCAAGCAAUAGGUACCGUUGCUUCAUCACAAGCAAAUUUCAUGCGCGUUAUCAUCCAUGAAGCUUCUGUUGAACUGUUAUGUGUAGUUAAAGCAGUGUUGAAGAAGAUUAAACGGAGAGUUUUGGUUGGUGAUAAGGUUUUAGUUGGUUCAAUUGAUUGGGUUGAUAAAAGAGGUGCUAUUGAGAAUGUUUUUAAGAGGAAAUCAGAGAUUUUAGAUCCUCCUGUAGCUAAUGUGGAUCAUUUACUUGUGUUGUUUUCAAUGGAUCAGCCGAAAAUCGAGCCGUUUUCGCUCACUAGGUUCCUCGUUGAAGCUGAAUCGACAGGAAUUCCGCUCACUCUCGCGUUGAAUAAAUCCGAACUUGUUUCUCAAGAGGAAAUAAAAGCAUGGAAAUCUAGGCUUCGUAGUUGGGCGUAUGAACCAAUCUUUUGCAGCAUUGAGUCCAAGCAUGGACUUGAUACACUCCAGUUUAUUAUGAGAGAACAAACAUCCGUCAUUGUUGGUCCAAGUGGUGUGGGCAAAUCCAGCCUGAUCAAUGCUUUGAGAGGCAAUAAGCAUAUUCUUGGUGCAGUUGAAGACCGAAGCUGGUUUGAUCCACAGAUUCUAGGGAGCAAGUGGUAUGAUGAGCAACGUGUCGGGGAAGUGUCAGUAAGAAGCGGCAGAGGGAAGCAUACGACGAGGCACGUGUCUUUGCUUCCAUUGCCUGAUGGGGGGUAUCUUGCUGAUACUCCAGGAUUUAACCAGCCUAGUUUGAUUAAAGUGACAAAGAAUUCUCUUGCACAUCAUUUUCCGGAGAUCCGCAAAAUGCUUAAAGAUAGUGAACCUGCAAACUGUGCAUUCAAUAAUUGCUUGCAUCUUGGUGAACCGGGGUGCCUUGUAAAAGGUGAUUGGGAAAGAUACCCAUAUUAUCUUCAGUUGCUUGAUGAAAUUAAGAUCAGGGAGGAGUUUCAGUUGAGGACCAUUGGAACUAAACGAGAAGGUGAUGUUAGGUGCAAAGUAGGAGACAAGGGAGUUGUGCAAGCAGAACCGCGGCUGGAGCCCAAGAAAUACAGGAGACAAUCUCGUAAAAGAGUGAACCAGUCAUUACUAGAUGAAUUGGAUGAACUCGAUGACGAGGAUGAUACACUGGAGGAUGACAAUCCUAUUCUAAGAGCAAUGAAGGAAGAAAAUCAAUAGAAAAGCUAAACAAUCCAAAGGUUCUGAAAGUUUUCAGUAGGCAUGCAUCCAUUACACCUCAAUCUUUCUUGACUGUAAAUAGUGAUUCUCUAACAUCUUUUUCUUAAGCUGAGAGUGGUCGAAGGGAUCGUCAAGAUAUUGUAGAUGGCAAAUGUUCUGGCUGGCGCUGUGUCUCAAUGUUGUAAACCAGUUUAAACGAUGCCAGAAGCUAACACGAAGACUUACUGCAGUACAUUUAAAUAAAAAAGAUGUGCAUUUCCUUCUGCCUA